AUGAUUAAAGUUAAUGAAUUUUUCACAGCAGAAUUAGGCUCAGACUAUGUUGCUAAAUUUAUUGCCAACAAAAUCAACGAAUUCCAACCAAAUGAAACCAAACCGUUUGUGUUAGGUUUACCGACUGGAUCUUCGCCUGAAGGUGUUUACCGGAAGUUAAUUGAGUUGAACAAUUUAAAAAAAGUUUCCUUUCAACACGUGGUAACAUUCAACAUGGAUGAAUAUUGCGGGCUAUCCCCAAGCGAUGAACAAUCGUACCAUCAUUUUAUGCAUACAAAGUUUUUCGAUCAUGUUGAUAUCAAGCCUGAAAACAUUCAUAUUUUAAAUGGGUUAAGCAAAAAUCGUGCUGAAGAAUGUGCUAACUAUGAAAAGAUGAUUGCUAAAUAUGGCCCCUUUCAAAUUUUUAUGGGUGGUAUAGGGAAAGAAGGCCACAUAGCCUUUAAUGAAUCUGGCUCCAGCAGAAACUCUAAAACUCGUGAAAUUCAAUUGGCUCAAUCCACCAUUGAAGCCAACUCUCGAUUUUUCAACAACGAUAUAUCUAAAGUGCCAAAAUCUGCAUUGACUGUGGGUAUUUCUACUAUUCUAGACAAUUCAAAAGAAGUCAUUAUUUUAGCAUUUGGAACAUCAAAGGCCGAUGUUGUUUCCAAAACCAUAAAUGACAACAUAGAUUCUAAAACACCAAGCACUUUUUUAAGGGAACAUCCAAAUGUUACCUUGGUUGUUGACAAAUCUUCUGCUUUAUUGCUACAUAAAAAAUAA